GCGGCACCACUGAGCAAUACUUGAUGUUGUUUAGCUAGUUGUUGAUAAAAUAGAAACUGUCACAUCAGGCUUUUACUCAGUAAGUGCAAAGCAGUCACUGUCUUUCGGUGUAAUAUUAGUAUUUCCCUUUGACGUUUUUUCUACUGAAACACGUCUUUAAACUGAGAAAAUCCAAAUAAUAAUUGGGUUUUCCUCUGUGAAACAAGGAACUACAUUAACUGAAUUCUGUUGCAGCGGGUUUGUCCAGUGAUCCUGUCCCCAAAAAGCGAUGCUGGUCACCGUUUUCUGCGCGCCGAGGGAUCGCCCAGAAACCACCUUCGCUCUCGAUGUGUCCCCAGAGCUGGAGCUGAGAGACUUUGUAGCACUUUGUGAAUUGGAAUCAGGAAUCCCGGCUGGGGAAAUUCAGAUCACAUAUGUAGAACAGCCCCUAAAAGACCCCACUCGUGCCUUGGGGACCUAUGGUGUUAAGGAUGGAGAUGUGGUGGUUCUUAGGCAAGCUGACAGAAGGCCACCACCAACUCAGCCAGCCUUCCCAGGUCUGCCCCAUAUUGACUUUCGUUCCAUCACAGUCCCCGGCACCUCUUCUUCAACCAGUCAACGUGGUGCCAUAAGGCCACAGCAACAGGCUUCACAGCCGCCACCACCACAGCAGCAGCAGCCGACGCCACCGCAGCAGCUGACGCCUCCACAGCAGCAGCAGCGCGAUGCACAACCUUCCACGCCAAUGGCCUUUCGCGGCUCCUCUCCUCAGGGGCUGGAUGACCCUGCCUUACUCCAGCAGAUGCUAUUAUCCAAUCCACAUGAGCUUUCACUCCUCAAGGAGCGAAACCCGCCACUUGCUGACGCCCUGUUGAGCGGAGACUUAGAGCGUUUCACCAAAGUGUUGCUGGAACAACAGCAGGAUCGAGCCAGGAGAGAGCAAGAGAGGAUCAGACUUCUGACUGCUGAUCCAUUUGAUUUGGAAGCCCAAGCAAAGAUUGAGGAGGACAUCAGGCAACACAAUGUGGAAGAAAACAUGACCAUUGCAAUGGAGGAGGCCCCAGAAAGCUUUGGACAGGUGGUUAUGCUCUACAUUAACUGCAAAGUCAAUGGGCACCCUGUGAAAGCUUUUGUUGACUCAGGAGCCCAGAUGACCAUCAUGAGCCAAGCAUGCGCUGAGCGCUGUAACAUCAUGCGGCUGGUGGACCGUCGCUGGGCCGGGAUUGCCAAGGGAGUGGGCACCCAGAAGAUCAUUGGCAGAGUUCAUUUGGCUCAGGUCCAGAUAGAGGGGGAUUUCCUUCCUUGUUCUUUCUCCAUCUUGGAGGACCAGCCAAUGGACAUGCUGCUUGGCCUGGAUAUGCUGAAGAGACAUCAGUGUUCUAUCGACCUGAAGAAGAGCGUGCUUCUAAUAGGCACUACAGGCACUGAAACUCGCUUCCUGUCUGAGGCAGAGCUGCCAGAGUGUGCCCGACUGGCAUACGGAGCAGAGGGGCGUGAAGAUGUCCGUCCAGAUGAGAUAGCUGACAGAGAACUGGCAGAAGCACUUCAGAGGUCCAUACACGAAAGCGACACUGCAGAUGGACAAACUACCUCACGGCAGCCCCCACCAUUUACAUUACCAAGAACCUUAGACCAAAUGUCCUCAUCCACCUCCCCUUCCCAAAGCCCUUCCUCUGGUCAGCCCCAGACUCUAGAUCUCUCUCAGUCUGCCCCGGCUGCCAUGGAGCAGGCCUCAGCACCAGGGCUGUGCCAGGACCAACCUGGCCUCCAGGAGCUUCCUCUGCCUUUGUCCCCAGCAGAGGAUGCUGGUUCUACACCUCAUCUGCCUGUUCAUAGCAACUCCAAAGUGCCCCAUGUACCCUGUCCCGCAACAGGCAUCCUCAGUCCAUGUACCCCUCCUGCAGACAUGACUACAGUAUCCCAGCCUGGAGCCACAGAGGGGGAUGCUGAAUCAGACGAGGUGGUGAACAGCUCCAUGCUCCCCCAUCCAGAGGACCUUCAACCCAUGGAGCAGGAGGCGACUGAGUCUGACACUGCUGACACCACAGAAGCCUGUCCGAGUGCUCCUAGCCAAUCCGACUCAGUUGAAAUGGAGUCCCCCACUGCCUCCCAGGGCGUGGUGUCCUCUGAGAGGGACCAGCCUGAAGGAGAGCACUGCUCCAGCUCCGACAGCAUCCCGUCACUGGCGGCCGCUCUGAUGGAGCUUCACGAGCUGCUGGUGUCCAACAACCGUGCUCAGUCCCAAAACCGCAGCACCUCCUGCUCCCCCUCACACCCAUUCAAACAGGAAACAGACAAAGUGGCCCACGAGCCACGCACCCCAACACCCGAAAACGCCCAGCGUAUCCCCUCUACUGCCAUCACAGCCGGUGCAGAACCAAGCGAUGCCAAAGCCAACCAUGCUGCUGCUGUGUCUGAUGAGGGACCUGACCUCUCUGGCCAGGAUGAGCAUCUGGGCGGAGAUACAGCAGAGACUGUGGAGGGACAAGGACCACCACAGCGUCCAGACAGCUCCGGGGAGAGGAGGGCAGAUAGAUGCGGGCAAGAUGAAGCAAAUAACAUAAGCUUUUGUCAGCCUGAGCAGGAGGUUCCUCCUGAUCCUGCAGGGGACCUGGAGUUCAGGGAACCUCCUGAGGGACAGCAGGGGAGAGGGGUUGCAGAUGGACGAGCCUCUGGCACUAACACCCCAGACACUCUUGGCCUCCAGACUGAGCACACUUUUCUCAGCCCUCUGUCUAUGGCAGUGGGCUCACCUGAGGGAGUCUCUAGCACCUCUUCUCCUCUUGCUCAGGCUCCCCAGCUUACAUCUCCAGCCCCUCUUCUCCCUCCUCCGCAUCCCUUUAUAGAACAAUUUCCAGCUGAGCACAUCCAGAGAAUCCAGGCAGCAGGGUUUUCUGCCAUGGAGGCUGCAGAGGCACUAGAAAGAGCCCAUGGAGUUGUGGAGCUAGCUCUGCUGGCACUACUAUCCCGCAGUAUCACUGUGCCCACCUAGACUCAUAACUAGUCACACGAGUCUCCAGCCUCCCAACUCAGCAUCUGUCUUAUUUAUACCUUGUUACUGAUCCAGAUGUCUUGGUCCCUCCUUAGCAGGGAGCACAUAUAAACACAGGGAACGCUGUCUCUUGGUUUGUCAUACAGAAUAUCCAAGAACAAACAGGACAACUGGUAAUACUUUUCUGGAUAUUGCAGAUAUGUGAGGUGUGUUUGCAUGCAGAUGUUUUGGGUGCCCGCCCAUUUCAUUGGUUUUUAGAGAUUUGGUAUGGUAGAUUGAUUUUCUUCUUGUUUUGUCAUCCAACAAUGACAUAUUAAAUGCCCAAUGUAUGAUUGAACCAUUAAACAUUAUUACCCUUUGAUAUGUCAUAGAACUAUUGUUGUUUAAGUUGUGGAGCAUCAAUAAAAAAAAUCUCAAAAUGGAGAAAAAAAACUCCUACUACCCAUGCCAGAAUAACUCUUGUCUGGUGAGCUUUAUAUCAUUCAGGACAAAUAUGGAUAUUUGAGGCAAUCUGCUGAUAAAUGAAGCAACAUGUUGAUUUUUGUUUGUAGCCCCUUCAAUUUACAAAUCAGAACCCAAUGAUGGAAAAGCUACAUCGUGGGAUCUGCUGCAGUUUAGAAGGGUUGAUCAUUUUUGAUCAAGUUUACAAAUAAUUUCUCCAGAUAAGUUGAAACCCCAAUAUACACAGCCGUUAUCACACUGAAAUAUCAAGUGAGCCACAAGUGUAUUUGUUGACGUAUGAUCCAUAGAUGGCAUUUUUCGGUUCAGUAUAUGUAUUACAGAAGGUAUCUUUUACGGUAUGUAUCAUUUUCCACAGUUUGAGAGCCUUGCCAUGUGUAGAUUACAAAACGGUUUGUAGCUCCUGUUCAGAAAGUCCUUUUACUUUGUGUCAAAUCAUCAUAGUGUGUGUUCAUAUCUUUAAGAAACAUCCAUUUUCAUUUUUUUAUGUUAGAAUAUGGUCAUUCACAGCUGUCAGUGGUUUUGUCAGUACAUCAUAUAUCAAGUAUUUUAAUGGCUUUAUUUGAGUCAUAUACCAACAAUGUUCAGGCAGAUUGAAUUAUCUACUUUUAUCUUGUAUUGAAUUUUAAAUUGCAAAUAAAAUGGAACUAGUAUUUGUA